AUGCCAUACUGGCAGAGCCGACCAAGAGGUGGACUCAUCUUAUGUGAGGGCAUUGAUGCUACGAGAACUGCUCUACAACGAUACAGCUUUUCCAUCGCCCCUUUAGCAUGUCGAAUGGGGUUCGACAAGAUCUCCCUCAAAACCAACUCAGGUCAGGAAAUCAGAAAAUACAUCAAAGUGGCCAUAAGUUCAACGCAGGUGCCAAACUGUGCCAUUCCGCCUAUUACUCCACCAAUGGUCGCUUUAGUCUCAUCUGCAGCAGAUUCCCCUCAAAGUGGAGUGGAAAACAAAGCAGAUGCAUCACCGCAUGAUUCUACAGCAGCACUUGGUCACGAAGAGCCUGUUCAGCAUACUGGUGAAUCAAUAACAAUAGCAGAUGACGAAGAACUUCCGGACUCAGCUGAACAAGCUUUUCCCAGCGAUGAUCUUAUACGCAUCCCAACAACAGCAGCAACUCUUGAAGUCCCAUACGUUCAAACAUAA